AUGCCCUUAAUCCAGCAGCUGCGCCUACGAAGCAAUCGGUCCGAUCUUUCAAGUACGUUCCCUCCCAACUCAGCCCGUAACAUAAUGCUGACCGACCUCCUUCUUAGAAAGAAAUAUGCGAAACUUAAAGUCAAAUUUGAAUUGGGCACACGUGAAAGCGAGAAGCUGAUACGGGAAGAACUGCGCAUCGAAGACCUGUCUAAACGCAUCCAGGAACAAAAUGAUCAACUCCUGGAGGUUCUUCUCGAGUUUAACGAAAGCCUUCACGUCCCUCCCGAAAUGCGGUUCGGAUUAAGCAUGCCAAAUGACCCGCCCUUGGAACCCGCCCCGGAACAAGAGAUCUUACCUUUGAUCAAUGAUGCAACAUUGGCGAAGCAGGCAUGGAGUGAAGCCAAGGCUGGUCUGGCAGCAGGCAGCAUUGACACGAGCGCAUAUCGCAUGAUUGAAGAUAACAUCAAGCGCAACAAGGUGUUUGCACCGUCCCAACAGUAUGGUUCUUUGUCACAAACCAAUCAUACCAGCCCGGAUGCUGCUUCCAACGGCAAAAAAUCGGAUGAGAGCGAGCGCAGACUUGGAUACUUCACACCCGAGCAUGAAACCGAGUACUAUCUUGGAUUGGAUGCCAAGCUUGGCGACGGAGCAGCCACAGCGCAGCUUGCGCGCAUCCCAGAUCGCCCAACCUUUGCAGAGCGUGAGCGGGAUCUAUCAAUCCGAAACCCGGCCUCGGUUUACAAUUGGUUGCGCCGCAACCAACCCCAGACCCUGCAAGAUAAUGAGGUUGCAUCCGAGAAGUCAGCAUCUCGCCCUUCCAACCAGCGCUCUUCGAAGCGAGCACCAGCCCACCGCAAAGACGAGGAAAUGUAUGACGAGGAUGGUACAGAGACGCAACCCACCCCCAAGAACAAGCGCAAGCGUGAAGAGGACACAGGGUAUCGACCCAAGGGGGGCAGCAGCCGGUCGAAAAAGAAGAAAGAAGACACCAAUCCAAGUGCCAGCAAAGCGGCCAAGAAGCCUUGA